GGAAGGCGAGGGGGUGAGGAGAAUGAAAAGAAAAAGUGAAUGAAAGUUUCUUUUUUUUUAAGCUGAAGUGGGAGAAUGUUUGCAGAGAAAAACAGUGUCAAGGGAGGAAGAGAGAAAGAGAGGAGGGGAGGAGGAGAGAGGGAUUGCAUUGCAGCACAUGCGUGCGUAAAUGUGACCAUCCUUGCCUUGGUCCCCUCUAUCCCUCCAUCCCUCCGUCCUCACCCCUUCAGCCUCCUCUCUCCUCCUCUCUAAGCCGGGAUCACCUGCUCGGUGGUCGGUGGUCAAUCUUGGACCGUGGAGUCCCGGGUGUCUCGGCUCGGCGCCCUCCUCCAGGGGCUGGGGGGAGCGCCGGGGAACUCCUCCAGGUUUCUGCCGGGCUUCGUGUCCACCGCCGGCGAGAGCCAUGGCUCGGAGCGCCGGGAGAGACGCGGCUCGACCCGCUCACGCAUGCCGGUGAUGCGGGGUCUGAUCGCGCCACAGAACACCUUUUUGGAUACGAUCGCGACUCGUUUCGAUGGAACCCACAGCAACUUUGUCCUGGGGAACGCUCAGGUCCAGUCCCUCUACCCCAUAGUCUACUGCUCCGAUGGGUUCUGCGAACUGACCGGCUUCGCCCGUGGCGAGCUGAUGCAGAAGAGCUGCAUGUGCCACUUCCUGUACGGCAGCGAGACCAGCGAUCGCCUCACCUCACAGAUGCAAAAAGCCCUGGACGAGCGCAAAGAGUUCAAGACUGAGAUAGUCCUGUACAAGAAGAGUGGUUCCAAGUUCUGGUGUCUUCUGGACAUUGUUCCCAUCAAGAACGAGAAGAGCGAGGUGGUUCUGUUCCUGGUCUCACAUAAGGACAUCACGGAAAAUAAGGACCUGGACCAUGGCAAUGACUCUGACACUGACGAGGAAACUGGGCUGGAGAUCCGCCAGAUCAGUCGGCCCCCGGGCUUCAACGCGGAGCGCCGGCGUAGUCGGGCCGUCCUCUACCAGCUCUCCGGACACCUACAGAAGCAGGACAAGACCAAGAGCAAACUGAAGAUCAACAAUAGUGUUCUCGGAGCCAAUGCGAACCCGGUCCCAGAGUAUAAAGUGGCUGACGUCCAGAAGUCCCGUUUCAUCCUCCUUCACUACGGUACGUUCAAAGCCGGCUGGGAUUGGCUGAUCCUGCUGGCCACCUUCUACGUAGCCGUCACCGUCCCCUACAAUGUCUGCUUCACCGCCGUGGAGGUGCGGGAGGACGGCGGCUCGGGUGCUCGAAACCCUCCGAGUGUCAGCGACAUCUUGGUGGAGAUACUUUUUAUCAUCGAUAUUGUGCUGAACUUCCGGACGACCUACGUGAGCACGUCCGGUCAGGUCGUGUACGACGCCCGCUCCAUAUGCAUUCACUACGUCACAUCCUGGCUGUUCGUGGACCUGAUCGCCGCCCUGCCCUUUGACCUCCUCUACGCCUUCAACAUCAGUGUUAACUUCGGGGUCCACCUCCUGAAGACGGUGCGCCUCCUGCGCCUCCUGCGCCUCCUGCAGAAGCUGGACCGCUACUCCCAGUACAGCGCCGUGGUCCUCACGCUGCUCAUGUCCACCUUCGCCCUGCUCGCCCACUGGAUGGCCUGCGUGUGGUACUUCAUCGGACGCAGUGAAAUUGAAAGUAAUAGCCUCGUCUCCUGGGAUAUAGGCUGGCUCCACGAACUGGCCAAACGCCUGGGAACGCCGUACUUCCUGGCACCGCUGACCUCCCUGCUGGGGGCCUCCGAUUCACCUCAGGGCGCCAUGACAGCGGCGCUGACCAAUUACAGCCAGUGGAACGGCUCAGGGUUGGAGCAACUGGGCUCGGGCCAGUGGAACGGGAGCAGGACGAGGGUGAGGGCGCCGGGCGGCUCGGGGACGACGCUGAGCGGAGGCCCGUCCGUCAGGAGCUCCUACGUGACGUCGCUGUACUUCGCCCUGAGCAGCCUCACCAGCGUGGGCUUCGGCAACGUUUCGGCCAACACGGACUCUGAGAAGAUUUUCUCCAUCUGCACCAUGCUGAUCGGAGCUUUAAUGCACGCCGUGGUGUUUGGCAACGUGACCGCCAUCAUCCAGAGGAUGUACUCGCGGCGCUCCCUCUACCACACCCGCACCAAGGACCUGAAGGACUUCAUCCGCGUACACCGGCUGCCCAAGCACCUGGAGCAGCGCAUGAUGGAGUGCUUCCAGACGACCUGGUCCGUCAACAACGGCAUCGACGUCAGCGAGCUGCUGAAGGACUUCCCGGACGAGCUGCGGGCCGACAUCGCCAUGCACCUGAACAAGGAGCUGCUGCAGCUGCCCCUCUUCGAGUCGGCGAGCAGGGGGUGCCUGCGCUCGCUCUCCCUCAUCAUCAAGACCUCCUUCUGCGCGCCGGGGGAGUUCCUGAUCCGGCAGGGCGACGCGCUCCAAGCCAUCUACUUCGUAUGCUCGGGCUCCAUGGAGGUGUUGAAGGACAACACUGUGCUGGCCAUUCUGGGCCGGGGCGACCUGAUCGGCUCCGACUGCCUGACGCAGGAGGAAGUGAUCAAGACCAACGCCUGCGUGAAGGCGCUCACCUACUGCGACCUGCAGUACAUCAGCCUCAGGGGGCUCCGCGAGGUGCUUUGCCUCUACCCGGACUACGCCCAGAAGUUCCUCACGGAGAUCCAGCACGACCUGACGUACAACCUGCGAGAGGGACACAGCACGGAGGCAGACUGUGAAAGUAACGGUGGAAUCCUGAAGAAGCUCCCCUCCAUUAAAGAAGACGAGGAGGGAUCGGGGUCCGAGGGGGAGCACUCCCCUCUCCCCAAGAUUCCCUCCCUGGGCAGGUUGGGCCGAGGCCUGCGCUCCCCCCUCCGCUCCCCUCUGCGCUCCCCGCUGCUUCCCCCGAGACCCUUCAGGCCACCAAGCGAUCAGCUCCGACCCUCCAGCCUGCAGAUCCCCGUGGUGAGCUUCAGCUGCCUCCAACCGGAUCUCAGCCCUCGGGUUGUAGACGGGAUCGAGACAGAGCAUCAAAGCGGCUCAACGUCCAGGUUUGAUUUUUCUCCCGGUGCAACUCAUAGUUUUCCACCCAGUCCUGUUUCACCUGCCUCAGGAGCCCAUGAUGAAGAUGACACCAUGCAGACUAUUACAAAGCUGAAGCAUGAGAUGUGUGUCCUCUCCCGUCAAGUAACCGCCGUGAGUCAGGAGCUGCAGGAAAUGACGCGUCUUCUCAAGCCACUAUUUCACAGCCCCUCCGUGCUGAUGAUACCCGGCGCCAUGACUCCCCCUCCCAGCUGCUCCCCACGCCCACCGCUUCUUACCCAACACCCACCUGCGGGCCCAUCGGACGAUCCGUCCGUUCAGGAGCCCGAACCGACGAUCCUAACCGAGACGUUCAAAGGACAGUUUGAUCCACUUCGCUGUUCCCAAACCCUCACCUCCCAUAAUCCCUCCGUCUCCCAUCGUUCAGCUCCUCCGUCGCUCCACAGCUCUCCACAUGAGCGCUCGCUUGCCCCCCAGCCCUGCUCUUCCUCCUCCAUCCCUUCUCUUUCUUCACCAAGCCGCCCGUCAUCCGUCACUCCGCUUCUGGUAGACCUAUCAGAGCCUGGCAGUGAGCCACCAACGCACACUCUGUCCCGUCUCCCACUCUUAUCCCAGCCUGCCGAUGCCAACCUCACAUCCAGGUCUUAUCCCCUUCCCCUGUCCCAGUCUCAAGUCCAGACCUCCAGCGCGACCUCGUACCCCACAGAAUGGGAGCACUCCGCUCAGCUCAGCUUCAUCGACGAGGGACGGCCUUCGGUGUGAACACGUCGAGGGCGAGGUCUGGACUCCGGUGCUCGGGGGCUGAUGGACGGGACCAGCAUGCCACGCCUUUUACUGCAUGACAAGCGUUUCGCCUAAAGUUUGGCAUGCCGGCUACGAUGUAAAUACAUGAAUUAUAAAUCUAUAUCUUCAUGAGCACUAUGAAGCAGAUCUGGUAAUAAAAGUUUGUUUUACAGUU